GACGUUACACUUCUGGACGUAACUCUGCCAGCGUUCCAGAUUGUUGGCCACCCAGCUGCUUAAUUUGAUCAAAUAAAGUGCUGCUUGAUCAAGAAGUCUCUGCUUGGGUUAUCUGAUUAGGUUGAUAUGGUAUCUCCAGUUUAAGUUUGGGACUGGGAUCUUACAGCAGAGAAACUGGUGUUUUUUCCCCAUCUGUCCUUCUGCCUCAGAGUGGAAGAGAAGAAAGUAAUUAAUCAAAUAUUUUGAACUGUGCAUUCUUGCCUAAAUUGUUCCCCAUUUCUAAAUUCCAGGCAAAUAGCUUGCCGUGCAGAGUUGAAGCUAUGGUGCUGAUCAGAGUGCUAGCAACCCUUCUGAUACUACAGCUUUCUUACGCACAAAAGUCUUCUGAACUGGUCGUUGGAGGUCGUCCAUGUAACAUAAAUGAACAUCGUUCCCUUGUUGUCUUAUUUAACUCUAGCGGUUUUCUCUGCGCUGGGACUUUGAUCAACCAGGAAUGGGUGCUCACUGCUGCACACUGCGACAUUAAAAAUUUCCAGAUACAGCUUGGUGUGCAUAGCAAAAAGGUACGAAAUGAGGAUGAGCAGACAAGAGACCCAAAGGAGAAGUUCUUUUGUCUCGGUAGCAAAACCAAUAACGAAUGGGAGAAGGACAUCAUGUUGAUCAGGCUGAACAAUCCUGUUAGCAACAGUGCACACAUUGCGCCUCUCAGCUUGCCUUCCAGCCCUCCCAGUGUGGGCUCACUUUGCCGUAUUAUGGGAUGGGGCACAAUCUCAUCUACUAAAGAAAUUUAUCCCAAUGUCCCUCGUUGUGCUAACAUUAACAUACUCGAUUAUGCAGUGUGUCGAGCAGCAUACCCAUGGUGGCCGGUGACAACCAGAAUAUUGUGUGCAGGUAUUCUGGAAGGAGGCAAAGAUUCAUGUCAGGGUGACUCUGGGGGACCCCUCAUCUGUAAUGGAGAAAUCCAGGGCAUUGUAUCUUGGGGGGCGCAUCCUUGUGGCCGACGUCUUAAUCCUGGCUUCUACACCAAGGUCUUUGAUUACAUUGACUGGAUCCAAAGCAUUACUGCAGGAAAUACAACUGUGACUUGCCCCCAGUGAAAACUUUUGAAAAAGUUAGGAGGAGAAAAUGUAACAUAUUAGUACAUCUCUUCUAUAUCCCUAACUAUAUCCAAUUACAUUGGAAUAUAAAUUGGUGUGCAAAAUUUUCUGAUUCUAAAAUGGUCCAUUCCAAAUAUUUUAACCUCUGAAUAUCUUUCCAUUUCUGUCCACUUCUGGGACAGUGGGGUCCUUCAUGCUCUCUGAGCUUCUCUUCUUGCAGAUGUUUUAUUACCCAGCUAGGUAACAUAAUCAGUACUAGAAUAUUCUCUUAUAUUGGUACUUCUGUGGCAUUUACAAUACAAUCAUAUGGAGUCAUGCAGUCACCCCAUAAAUAUAUCCAUACACCCGGGUCCCACUGUUGCCUAAAAAGGAUCCUUGAUUAACCCCCACUUCCCAAUCACUAAAUAGAAUCUUUUGAGAAUCAUGUUUUCAUGUAAAUUCUCAAGUGUCCACAGCAAUAAAAUCAUAUAAAUCGUCACUUGUUUUCUGAUCCUUUGGUUUUUCAAAGGAAUUGCUUGUUAAAUGGCAGCAUUUGACCAACUGGGCUUAAAAGCCGAAGAAGGUCUGACCUGGACUUCCGAUUUUGCAUGCUUGAAACUGAGUGAGGAAUUUGAUCUUCUCUUUUCUAUUCUAUAUUUAAUUUCCUCGAAAAGAUUCCCAAAAAGCAAAAUAUCCCUGAAAGGGAAGGAGGGGGAUUUCCACCCCACCCUUAUAAUAAUGGAAGUGGCAAAUUAAUCUUUUUAUGGAGGAUGAAAAUAUACGGAAGUCAAACCAAUAUAAACCUGAAAUUUAAAACUCAAAUCUGAAUAAAUGUAAAAUUGUUGAAUGGUUAA